CACACACACACACACACACUGGUGGAGUUUCCAGCACACAUCCGAAAGUGAUCGCGGGUCCGAAACAGGCGCGUUAAGCUUGUAUUCCGAGUGUUUUUUUGUUUAGUUGAGUUUAGUUGAGUUGCACGGAGACUCCACCGGAGGAACCACGGAGGACGAGGAGGAGGAAACCCGGAGCGGAAACCUCGGCGUGUCGGAGCGGUGAGCGAUGCGCUGGCACCACCAUGGCCAAAUGGUUCAAGGAGCACCUGGGAUUCAAGAGCGCCAAAGCGUCGCCGCCGGCGCCCCCGAGACCGGACUACCGGCACUGUCACGCGGCCGCGGCGGCGGCGGCGUACCAGCACGCGGGCAGCGGCACGGGCGGCGCGGGAUACCCGAGCCCGGCGCAGCCGGAUAUCCUCGCCGCGUACAAACUCCAGAAGGAGCUGGACUUCGAGGAUCCGUACGCAGCCGGCGCCAACACGCCUUUCUCGGGCGCAGCGCUGUCCGAGGUGAAGUACGUCUCUCCCAAACACCGGCUUAUCAAAGUGGAGACGCUGGAGAGGAGCCCGAGUGCUGGCGGCGGAGGAGGAGGUGGAGGUGGUGGUAGUAGUAGUAGUGGUAGUAGUGUUACUGCCGCUACUGGUACUACUGGUGGUGGUGGUACUGGUGGGAGUGGAAGCGGCAGCGGUGCCAACGCGAACCAGGCGGCUGCCGGGAACACGAGAUCUCCCACGUCUCCAGCCGCCGAGCACGAGCCCAAACAGGACAAGGUGAUCAUCUUGGAGGAUUAUGCAGACCCUUUCGAUGCUGCGGAUCAAGCGGGUGGCACUCAGAGCAGCGUGGAGAAGCCGGUGGAGAACGAUGGCUACAUGGAGCCGUACGAGGCGCAGAAGAUGAUGGCGGAGAUCCGAGGGAGCCGUGGUGUCAAGGAUGGUCCGUCUCGGCAGCUUCCCCUCUACGACACCCCGUACGAGCCUGCGGAGAACGGCGGGGAUUCUGACCCCAUGUGUUCACGCGAGAGCAGACUGCCUCAGGAUGACGAGAGGCCGCCGGAGGAGUACGAUCAACCCUGGGAGUGGAAGAAAGAACGCAUCUCGAAGGCCUUCGCAGUAGAGAUUAAAGUGAUAAAGGACCUCCCGUGGCCUCCUCCUGUUGGCCAGCUCAGCACUACGUCCCCCCUGGUGGAGGUGGUUGAGGCUCCUCCUGCUCCUCCUCAGGCGUCCCAGCUCUCCCCUGGACAGAGUGCCUCAGACUGUGAGCAGCACCACCAGGUCCAAUUCGAGGGGGCGGAGAAGGGCAGGAUGUCUCCGACGAAAGACGGGAAAUCGAGGCCUCCCCAGCGUCACUCCAGUGGCUGCCUAGUCAACGUAAAGAUGAGUUCAGUGGAGCAGUGUAUGCCGAUGCUGGGCGAGCGCAUCGACCCCACCAUGCCACUGGAGAGCCAGUUCUGGUAUCACGGAGCAAUCAGUCGAACGGACGCUGAAUCAUUGCUGAGGUUGUGUAAAGAGGCCAGUUACCUAGUGAGAAACAGCGAGACCAGCAAGAACGACUUCUCCCUCUCUCUCAAGAGCAGCCAGGGUUUCAUGCAUAUGAAGCUGUCGCGAACCAAAGACAACAAGUACAUCCUGGGCCAGAACAGCUGCCUGUUCGACAGCGUGCCGGAGAUCAUCAACUUCUACUCCAGCCGCAAGCUGCCAAUCAAAGGAGCCGAGCACAUGUCCCUCCUGUACCCCGUGGCCAUCCGGACACUUUAGCCUCCUGUCUGGAAGUUGAUUGCUUGUAGAUGCCUGUUACAGAGGGAUUGAACAUCCAUCAUCUGCAUUUACAACAGCGUCUUCUAAUGUUCGAUGACUGAUACGGUGUCUGUUAAGCCUUUGUGAACCGCUCCUUGUACACAAUGCUACUGGAACACUCUCCAGCAAAGACUGGAUGACUUUAGAGGCUUUAAAAAAAAAAAAAAAGAAAGCGCUCACUUUCCCACUGAUGUGGGGUGUCAAAUCUCAAGUCUUUUAAUUUGCGCAGAGUCGUACCUUCAGCUCAGUGGAUUAUGGAGACCAUACUGACCACACAAAGCAGACUAAUCUGUAAAUAAUAUGUUUUCCAGCAGCUCUAAUGCGCACCCUUAUCCCUUUCUGCUGACAUUUACUGUUCAUAUGGACUUAAAACCCUGAGCUUUGCCCCUGCACCCACACUUUGAUUGUUUGGUCUCAUGCAUACUGUAAUAAAAUCUCACGCAAACCA